GUUUUUAUUACUUUGCAGACUUGGGUGAUGAAAAUCGACUCUAAUUGUCCAGAGUGCCAGAAAAGGGCAAUGGACAGCAUCGCUUCCAUUGUUGGUGUGUACAGCGUUGACUAUAAUGCCGUUGAAGGUACACUUGAGGUUUCAGGAGAGGUUGACCCAAACAAACUGGUCCGAACAGCAAUGAGAUGUGAUCAACAUGCUAAACUACUUCGAGCUAAAAUAACCCAUCCCGAGAUUGCCAACCGAAACAACAACCGCCGUCCGAACAAUAAUUGUAAUGAUGAUGAUAAUAAUAACCAUUGUUAUCCGGCCAUUGAAUAUGGCCAACACAACCACACCACCAACGGUGAUGCCCUACUACUUGAAGGCGGCUUCAGUGGCAACGAUUACAAUUCCGGUUAUUCUUCAAACUAUCCGACAUUGAUUGAGAGGCUCGAAGCGGAGGACUACCACAGCUCACGUUGCGGACCAAUGCCGGAGGCCGUUUACGUGCCAUCAAAGCAUCGUUCCAUGGAUUGGAGUCAUUAUGAUCGAAUGAGAGCGGAGGAAAAUUGGUGCACCAUUAUGUAAUAAUGGGGAGUAAUUAGUUGAUAAUCUUUAGUUGAAAGAGAUAGAUUAAUUCCUCUUUCAUUCAUUUCCUUGAACGUUAAUUAUUGUUUUCUUUUAGGUUGUUUUGUUAACUCUUGUUUCUCCAAGUUAUUCUUUUAUCCCC